AUGGCAGACGUGAACUUACAUUGCUCGGUUGGUGCGGGCGUGUGCUUUCUUCCCUCUCCAGUGGAGCACGACAAAGAGUUCUUCUACCCACGCUACCACCAUCGCGAGUUCCGGUUUGAUCUUUCCAAGAUCCCAGAAGGAGAAGCUGUGACCGCAGCCGAAUUCCGGAUCUACAAGGACUACAUUCGGGAGCGCUUCGACAACGAGACGUUCCGGAUCAGCGUUUACCAGGUGCUGCAGGAGCACUUGGGCAGGGAGUCAGACCUGUUCCUGCUGGACAGCCGCACCCUCUGGGCCUCGGAGGAGGGCUGGCUGGUGUUCGACAUCACUGCCACCAGCAAUCACUGGGUGGUCAACCCACGGCACAAUCUGGGCCUGCAGCUCUGCGUGGAGACCUUGGACGGGCAGAGCAUCAACCCCAAGUUGGCGGGCCUGAUCGGGCGGCACGGACCCCAGAACAAGCAGCCCUUCAUGGUGGCCUUCUUCAAGGCCACGGAGGUCCACCUUCGCAGCACCCGCUCCACGGGGGGCAAGCAGCGCAGCCAGAACCGCUCCAAGACUCCCAAGAACCAGGAAGCCCUGCGGGUGGCCAACGUGGCAGAAAACAGCAGCGGUGACCAGAGGCAGGCCUGCAAGAAGCAUGAGCUGUACGUGAGCUUCCGCGAUCUGGGCUGGCAGGACUGGAUCAUCGCUCCCGAAGGCUAUGCUGCUUACUACUGUGAGGGCGAGUGUGCCUUUCCUCUGAACUCCUACAUGAACGCCACCAACCACGCCAUCGUGCAGACGCUGGUCCAUUUCAUCAACCCUGAAACGGUGCCCAAGCCCUGCUGUGCCCCCACUCAGCUCAACGCCAUCUCUGUCCUCUACUUCGACGACAGCUCCAACGUCAUCCUGAAGAAAUACAGAAACAUGGUCGUCCGAGCCUGUGGCUGCCACUAGCGCCUCCUGGAGGUCAGACCCUCCAGCGCCACACUGUUCGGGGUCCUCGGUCUCCCACCGCCCAGUGCCUCCCACCGCCCAGCACAGCAACUGCCUUUCAUGAGACCUGCCCUGCCCCCCGUCCCCAACCUUAAGGGCGUAGGAGGAUUAAGGAAUUCGAGAAGCAAAUGCCUUUUGAUCAGGUUUUCAUCCGCCUCCUAUGGACAAGAUGCUACACGCUGCGGCAGGCAAAACCUAAAGGAAAAAAAAUAUAUAAAGAAAAAUUGCCCAGCCACGAUCAUUGGCUGUGACGUCUCAGCCGUGCACUGACUCGUUCCCAGGGGUAAUUAGGAGCGCCCUUCAGCCAGGCCACCCAGCAGCGGGAGGAAGGGGGCACGGCCAGGGGUGGGCACGUUUGUGUCUGUGCGCAAGGAAAAUUGACACGGAAGUUCCUGUAAUAAAUGUCACAAUAAAACGAAUGAAUGAAAAUGGUUAGGAUGUUACAGAUAUAUUUUCCUAAACAAUUUAUCCCCAUUUCUUGGUUUACUCUGAUUUCAUAAACAGAAGCUGUGGCCAGUGGAGGCAGGGGAGGCCCCCUCUCUGUUCCAUUCUGGUUUCAUUCUGAGGCUUGCAGAGGCCCGCUGUUUACAUAGACUUGCCCAAAUCCAAGAUUUGACCGGGAAAGGAGAGGGCAAAUUUCUGCUUGGAGGAGGAGGUGUGUUGACCUUGAAGGAAAAAUAUGUUCCAUCCUUCAGCUGGGUGUGUGGCAGCAGAAAUUAAAUUAGGCAUGUGAAGCACCAACGGACAUUCGGAAUUGGUUUUCCAGCUCUCCUAGUGGUAGAAAAUCAAUGUGGAAUGACAGGGCGGAAGGGACAGCAAUCAGGAGAGAACCCACAAUUUGACCCUGAACUCUAGCUAACGUGGCCCUAUUUAAAGAAGUGCCAGCGAAACCUCGCUCUAAUAGGGGUAGGAUGGGCAGGCUUACUGUCCCUCCCCUAGCUGGGCUCCCCUGUUGGUCAUGAUUGGCAGCAGCACCCUGGAGUCUGGGUUCCAACCGGGGCCUCUGUAGCCACCUGUUCUCAUUGGCUGACCCCUACUGAGGGCUCUGCAAACAAUAAGCUCCUUGAGGUAAGGAGCAGAUGGCAUGGUGGAGAACUGCUAGGUGCAGGGUAUGCUGGACGUGAAUCUCAAAUGGAAGGAUCUAGAAACUGCUUUGAGAGUGAUGUCCUAAUUGAGCAUUCCAAUUCAAAGGUGCCAUCUCUGAUGUGGCUCUUGGCGUGAGCCUCCCUUGCCUUGGCCAGUGGGUCCCCUAAAUGCUGUGCACCCAGCCUCUGGCUGUGACACAGGCCUUGUGGAGCUCUGGGCUGUCUGUGAACAAAUAACAGGGUUAUCCAGACGAGUCCUAUGCCCCUGGAACCUGGUCCAGCAGGGAAUCGUUUCUCCACCUUGAUUAAGUUGGUUCCUAGAAAUACUGGGGCCCCGUUUUUAUUUUCUUUUAUUUUUCUUCUUCAAUAGCUUAGGCCACAGCCUCCACUCUGCCUGGUCAAUGGGGAAGAGUCACUGUUUUUGCCGUACUUUGUUUUAUCUAUUGGCAGACCUGGGGAUUUCUGUGUGGUUCCCUCUUGGUGCAAGUUUUCUCAUCACUCAAGCCCCACCUGGUUUCUGGCUAGCAUCCUUUGUACAUUGAAACAUGUAAAUAGUUGUUACAAAACAAAGAAAUUAUUUAUGUCCAUUGGAAGCUCAUUUUACACCCUCCUUCGAUCCCUUGUUCAGGAUGAUGAGCUCGCUUCCCCCAGCCUGUUUGUUUUCUUAUUUAAGACUAUUUAUUAAUGAUCAGACCAAUGUACCUUCAGCUGUUGCAUAGAGCAGUCUUCCGUGAAUUUUCUGUAUAAAUAGACAAAAUAAAAAGGGUUUUGACUUUUCAAUAAAAGGAGACAUUUGG